AUGCAAAAAUUGUUAUUACUCCUUUUGUCGCUGUGUGCUGGCUAUCUGGUGACACAUAGUGGUGCAUUUGGUAACAGAAAGCUGUGUGGUAUUCAGCUUGUGGAAGCACUGCUGCUCGUCUGUGGUGAUAAAGGAUUAUUUUACCAGCCUGGCAGGCGGGUCAGAGAACACCAUAUACGCAUCGUUAUGAGGAACAGCGUCCCCUUACGGCGACAGUCUGCACUGCAGAGGGGAAAGCGAAACGCAUAUGCCAUACGCGAAGUUACAAAAAGAGGCAUCGUAGAGCAGUGUUGUCAUUUAUACUGUGACUUUUAUGAUUUAGAGAAUUACUGUAAUAUAUAGAGAAUCUACAUAUCUGUUUAUAAUCUGUUAACAGUGAUUACAUCGAAAUUGCCAACACCAUUACAUUAACGUUUAGUCUACACUGCAUUGGGAAAUUAUUUGAAUAAGAUAAAAUGACAGCUAACUAACCUUAUGUAUGGAAUUGAAUGAAGGGUUACAUGAAAUGUUUACAAUAAAUUGAUUUGCAAUCGAUAAAAAAAUAUAUAGCUGGAUUCUUUAAGUCAUUUGGUAUUGCA